AUGACCCAGCACACGGUAGCUAUAAGUGGGAGCAAGUACUACGUUCUACCCAGCGGUGAAUGUCGACCCUUUGACACAGACAAUAACGACCGUACAGAGGAGAUCUACCAGGCGGAUCAGCAAACGGCGUACUGCAUCACCGGUGGGGAGCUGUGUGUGGUGGACAUCCACGGCCUGACACUGACUGUGCUGUCAUCGGGAACAACCUACGACAUCGUCAGGGAGGAUUUGACUUCCGAUGGAGUUGGAUCAGUACCAGAAACAUGGGACCCUCAGCCUCACGACCGGAACACCAACAGGCCUAAAGUGUGUCACAUGGUGAAGCUGAACCCUGGCUCUCCAGAGUACAGCCAGGUUCGGAGCAAGUUCCGGUCCAGCUGUGGUUCUGUUAGGAUCCUCUCUAUCGAGAGAGUGCAGGCCCCGGCACUGUGGGAACAGUUCUCGGUGAAGAAGAGGAACAUGUUAUCUCGGAACUCAACCACACCCAUCGAGAAGGAGCUCUGGCACGGCACCAACGCAGAGGCAUGCCGGGAAAUCAACCUCAACGGCUUCAACAGACGCUACAGCGGGCAGCACGGGACAGCGUACGGGAAGGGGACGUACUUCGCGGUGAACGCGUCCUACUCCGCGCACGACAGGUACUCCAGCCCGGACUCACAGGGACGGAAAAAAAUGUACCUGGCGAAAGUACUGACGGGAGAAUGCACCAGGGGCACCCGGAACAUGCCAGUUCCGCCGCGCAGGCAGGACUCCAGCGGACUGCUUUACGACUCCACCGUGGAUGCCACGAACAAGCCGACAACAUUUGUCGUCUUUCAUGACGCACAGGCUUACCCGCAGUAUCUCAUAACGUUUACGAAGUAA